AUGCAUCAAUCGUUUGCAAUAUCCUCCUGUCGGCUUAUUAGACCUAUUGCGACCUUGCCUAGACUUUCACCUGCUUAUCUACCCCUCCGAUUUCACAAUUUAAGAUCGAUGGCAACCAACGGCGCCAACAGAGUCAGUGACUCACGGCCAGUCUUCUUCUUUGAUAUUGACAAUUGUCUCUAUUCUAAAGAUAAAUUUUUUGUCAAGCAUCUGGACCUUAAGUCAGAAGAUGCCCAUAUGCUGCACCAGAAGUACUACAAGGAGUAUGGACUAGCCAUUGAAGGUCUUACCCGCCACCACAAGAUUGACCCCCUUGCGUUCAAUUACGAGGUCGAUGAUGCUCUACCUCUUGACAAUAUCCUCAAGCCUGAUCCGAAGCUGCGCAAACUGCUGGAGAACCUGGACACAACAAAGGUGAAGCCGUGGCUGCUCACCAACGCAUAUGUUAACCACGCAAAGCGCGUGUUGAAGCUACUUGGUAUUGAGGAUCUGUUCGAAGGUGUUACUUAUUGUGACUACGGAAGUUUGCCCUUGGUCUGCAAGCCUAGUCAGGAUAUGUACGCCAAAGCAGAAAAGGAAGCCGGUGCUCCCAGCACGGAUCAGUGCUAUUUUGUUGGUAUGUCACUCUCCACGGCAUGCCUAUGGAAGUUUUGGAACCUUUACGCUAAUAGAGUUGAAACAGAUGAUUCCCACUUGAAUUGUGUACAUGCGCAUGCUCGGGGAUGGACUACCGUUCACCUCGUCGAACCAGGCAUCCCUGUGCCACACAAGCCGGCUUCGAACUACACAAUAUCUAGUCUCCACGAGCUUCCAGUGCUUUUCCCGCACGCCUUCAAACAGCAACAUGAAAGCGGUGGUGCUUAG